AUGGAUCAGGUCAAGAUGGAGACCUGCACCCGCUGCAAGGAACGGUGGUUCGCGAUGGAUCUAAAGGCUGAGGUCUGCCACGCCUGCUUCUUGCGAGAUAAGGGCAGCAAAACACCCUUCCUCAUGUCCGCGGAGAACGAAAUGGACCCAGGAGACAUUCCGGCCCAUCUGCCAGAGCUGACACAGGUAGAAGAGAUGAUCAUCGCCCGGUCCCACGUGCAGAUGAUGGUCCACCGCUACCGUGGCCACCAGUACCACUACUCUGGACACUGUGUCAAUAUCGUGGUUUUACGACCCUCGGAUCGGGUUGUCGACAGAGAUCCGCGAUACCGACGCCAGUUCCGGUCAGAUUUUCGGGUCCGUAAGGGGCGUGUGAUCACCUGGCUACGGUUCUUAAAGGACCAUCACCCGGAUUACCGAUAUAUCACGGUUUAUCUAGACCGCAUCAACGCCCUCCCAGUCGAUGAGGAUGUCUCCUCAUCCUUUGCGUCCAUCAUCGACCCCGAUCCAGGGGAUGAGGUGCCUGAUCAACUCAUCUCAGCCGACCUACCACCUCCAAACUCACAAUCCAUGGUCCCAAAUCUUGACAUCACUACGACCGAGACAGGUUUGAUCGUCCAAGGGAUCACGGGCCGGAAACUCCCACCUCCCGGCCUGCCCGCACCGUCGAUUCGCAUGACUCCUAUGGAUGAGGCGUCGGGGAGGGAUCGCAUCUUUGCGAUGGCCUUUCCUACAUUGUAUCCCACUGGCCGAGCUGAUUUCAACACCCCUCGACUACGAAAGGUAGACUUGAAUGAUUACGCUCGACAUCUGAUGUGUUUCCACGAUGGAAGGUUCGGCCAGCACCCACGGUGGCGGUUUCUGAUCUUCAACAUCCUGAUGCGUCGUAAGGCAAACAGCUCCGCCCGAUUUUACGUCUCCAAGGCAUCUGGCCUGAAGGACUUGGGCCGCGACGAGCUUGGGAACGCCCUGCUCGCGGACGAUGGCCUCCUGCCCCAGAUCGUACGUCAGGGUUCGCAGCUGACGGGGACCCGGCCAUUCUGGAGAAAUAAGAGCAACGGCCUACAUGCCCACGCCCGCUUCCUCUCGCCUAGCAUGUCACCGGUUUUUGUAACUCUUAGUGCGGCCGACAUGCAAUGGCAGGACUUACAUCGGCACUUCCCUGGCUCUGCCGGCCUGGCAACGGCCGAUGAUCGUACCCGGCGGACGUUCAUCUGGGAUGGGGUCCAGAGGAACCCGCAUAUCGUCGCUCAUUACUUGGCCAUUCGGUUACGGGCCUUUACAGAGCACGUUUUACGUCCGCUUCUAGGGUUUACAGACUCCUGGGACCGCUUUGAGUGGCAGGCCCGUGGUUCCGGCCACUCCCACGGCCUCUUCUGGAUUCCCGCGGCUCCUCCCCUGGACCAGGAGACGGACGAGUCCCGAGCCAAGUUCGCCCGGUAUUGGGGUUCACUGAUCACGGCCUGGAAUCCCGACCAGUCCCGCUUGCCUGAUGCCCGGAAUCCUGCUUCUCUCGCUCCAGCGGAUGUCGCCAACACCGCUGACCAGUUUGCGGCUUUUCUAAACCGCCUCCAAAUGCACUCGGCCUGUCGAGCGCCUUACUGCUUACGAGCAAAGAAAGGAGAGGAUACACCCACCUGCCGUUUCUUCUUCCCGCGGCCGUUGUUUACGGCACCGGUUGUCACGAAAGCAAUUAAUCACAAGGCGUGGCUAUUCUCGCCGGCCCGAAAUCAAGGGACGCUCAACCAGUGUGCUCCCGCUCUUACGAUGGGCUGGAUGGCGAAUACCGAUAUUCAGCCACCGACGAGCCUACGUGCAGUGUUGUCGUAUAUAGGCAAGUACGUCUCCAAGCCUGAAAAGUCUUCUACGUCGUAUACUGAACUACAGGCCCAGGUCCUUCCCUUUAUGAACGACCGAGCGCCUCUACUGUCCUUUGUAUCUAAGAUGCUUAACAAGUUGAUCGGAGAACGCGACUGGUCGGCGCAAGAGAUAUCGCACAUCCUCCUACAGCUCCCAGUCCAAAAAUCCUCCCGUAUGCUCGUGGGCUUGGACUGUCGCCCGGAUAACAUCCAGCGUGACCUGAUUGUCCUUGAGUCGGGAGAAGUGACGGCCCAGCGUUUGGUACUGCGGAGGUAUCAAGACCGACUUGCGGACACGAAGCAUGGAGAUGCGGCCCUCAUCGAUCUCUCGCUUUUUGACUGUUUACGGCACUGGGAUUGGCUAACGUGGAAGGUUCGACCCCGGGCCAGCCCGCGAGUGAUCAACUACUACCCCCGGUACUUGAACGAUCCGGAAUCUCCUGGCUAUUCGGACUACUGCCGGGUCAGGCUGAUGCUCCAUCACCCAUUUGUAGACUGGGACGACCUGUUGAUGGUGGAUGGCCGGGUGUAUGGGUCCUAUAUCGAUGCUUUUCGGGCCUGUCGCCGCUCGCAUGCUCACCCGGAAGACUUUUAUACGCAUCCGGAUCCGGAAUCUGGGGCGUCGGACGCGGAGAGCGAUGAGGAUCCCGAGGAACAGGCGGAGGACCACCCUUUAGCGGACUUUGAAGCAUUUGCUCGCCGGAGAACGCAUGAAGAUUUCACUCGUGUCGACCUGCUCGAUAGUCUAGGCUCCCGGGAGAAGGACCGUGACUACAAUUGGUCCUCCCACGUCGGCCGUUACGACAUAUCCCCUGACAUCUGGGACCGGGUCAAGGCCGAAAACCCGAUUGCACAAGUAGUUGCGAUGGAUUCAUCACCCCUCCCUUUGAAUCGAGAACAGAGGAUGGUGUACGAUGCUGUGGUGAGUCAAUAUUCUCAGGAGCUUGCCUUGGAUGCGCCAGUUCCACGUCAGCUCCUUCUCAACGUGGACGGGGUUGCGGGAUCCGGGAAGACCUUCACCCUCCUCAAAACGUGUGCGCGGAUUCAAGAGCUCGCACUCGAGGCCGGACGGCAGAACCCAGUCUUCCGAGCUGCUCCUACAGGCAUUGCCGCGUUCAACAUCAUCGGUAAGACCCUCCACAGUCUCUUGCGGCUCCCGGUUAAGGGGAAGAAGUCAGAUUUGUCGGUUGCCACCUUGCAGUCUUUGCAAGCCCUGUUUCGGGACUGCCGCUUCCUGAUCGUUGACGAGAAGUCGAUGGUUGAUAUCAAGAUGCUCUCUUUGAUCGACGACCGCUUGCGGGUCAUCCUCCCCGCUACUUCGCACCUGCCUUUUGGCGGUGUGAACGUCUUGCUGUGUGGGGACUUCUUCCAGCUACCGCCGGUUGGAGGCCAGCCUCUCUACUCGCUAAGGCACUCCCACAUUGACGCAAUCAAGGGCCACCAGUUGUAUCGGGCAUUCGACCGUACAAUCCGACUGAUCCAAGUGAUGCGGCAGCAAGGAGAGGACGAUAUCUCGACCAAGUUCCGGCGGGCUUUGGGUGACCUGCGAAUAUCACAGCUAUCCAAGGAAAGCUGGGAACUCUUAUGUACCCGUAUUGCGAACCGGCUCUCUCCGCACGAGGUUGCGGCCUUUGACUCUGCUUUACGGCUCUACUUCACGACUGAGGAAGUAAGACAGACGAACUUUGACAAGUUGGCAAAUACUUACAAGCCCGUGAAGAAGAUUCUGGCCAGUCACAAAGGCCGCGGUGCUGCAAAGGCUACCGAGGAUGAGGCGGAUAACCUAUAG